AUGGUUGUCGUAUCGACCAUUCCCAUCACCCUGGAAGCAUUUUGGGUACCCACAGCUUCUACGGGAGAUACUACAAAGUCAAACCCACGCUUUCGUGCACUCUCUACAUCUGCCAGCCGUGUGAACACCCCUAAUGCCAUGAACCAAAAAUCAUUUUUCAGUUUAAGGUGGUUUAUGAUUGCACCGGUGCACCCGUCAAGGCAGCGGCAGAUUCGGCGCUCAUCGCAGACGACUUUACACACGCGAGUACGUGUAGCUAUUGCCCCACAAUUACCAUUUUUUGACGUUACCAUGAGCAAACCCAGAUACCUCACAGACAGUGAACGAGCCAAAAUACUCGAGUUCCAGGAUAUGAUACAUUAUAGUCCUCGUUACAGCGACGAUAUCAACGAAUAUCGACACGUAAUGUUACCCAAAAAUAUGCUCAAGGCGAUUCCUCAGGACUACUUCAACCCGGAAACAGGCACCCUUCGUAUAUUGCACGAGGACGAAUGGCGAGGCUUGGGAAUUACUCAAUCGUUGGGAUGGGCUCACUACGAGACCCAUGCUCCCGAGCCUCAUAUUUUACUAUUCAAGCGGCCGAUCAACUAUAGUUGA